UAUUAAAGUGAAUAACUAAAACAACAACAUGUCCAAAAUCGGUAUUAACGGAUUCGGUCGUAUUGGCCGUUUGGUAUUGCGUGCCGCCAUCGAUAAGGGCGCCCAGGUUGUUGCCGUCAACGAUCCCUUCAUCGAUGUCAACUACAUGGUCUACUUGUUCAAAUUCGACUCCACCCAUGGUCGUUUCAAGGGUACCGUUGCCGCCGAAGGUGGCAAAUUGGUUGUCAACGGUCAAGCCAUCACCGUCUUCAGUGAACGCGACCCCGCCAACAUUAACUGGGCCAGCGCUGGUGCCGAAUAUGUUGUUGAAUCCACCGGUGUCUUCACCACCAUCGACAAGGCCUCCGCUCAUUUCAAGGGUGGUGCCAAGAAGGUCAUCAUCUCUGCCCCCUCGGCUGAUGCCCCCAUGUUCGUAUGCGGUGUCAACUUGGAUGCCUACAAGCCAGACAUGAAAGUCGUAUCCAACGCCUCCUGCACCACCAACUGCUUGGCUCCCUUGGCCAAGGUUAUCCACGAUAACUUCGAAAUCGUUGAAGGUCUCAUGACCACUGUCCAUGCCACCACUGCCACCCAAAAGACCGUUGACGGUCCCUCUGGCAAAUUGUGGCGUGAUGGCCGUGGUGCUGCCCAAAACAUCAUUCCUGCUGCCACCGGUGCCGCCAAGGCUGUCGGCAAAGUUAUCCCUGCUUUGAACGGUAAACUCACUGGUAUGGCUUUCCGUGUCCCCACACCCAAUGUAUCGGUUGUCGAUUUGACUGUCCGCCUUGGCAAGCCAGCCAACUAUGAAGCCAUCAAGGCUAAGGUUUUGGAAGCUUCCAAUGGACCCAUGAAGGGUAUUUUGGGCUACACCGAUGAAGAAGUCGUCUCCACCGAUUUCGUCAGUGACACCCACUCCUCGGUGUUCGACGCCAAGGCCGGUAUCUCCCUCAACGACAACUUUGUCAAGUUGAUCUCAUGGUACGACAACGAAUUCGGUUACUCCAACCGUGUCAUUGACUUGAUCAAAUACAUGCAAUCCAAGGAUUAAAUUG